AUGGUAGAAAGGUGCUCUAUGCCACCGGAGUCCGCCACUUCCGACAGUGCCAAAGAAGAAGAACCCCAAGAUACAUAUUACUCCUCUUACCUUCCCCCUCUCACCGAUGAAGUUUUGCUUUUGAUUCUGGCCCGCACCCCCUUCUUCGAUCACCCCACCCUCCGUUGUCUCAAUCGCCGCCACCGCACCCUACUUGAGUCUGGAGAUCUCUACCGCACCCGCCAAGCCCAUGACCUAUGCCAUCCCAUAGUCUUCAUGAGCGCUGGAGGUGGUUCCUGCUGGUUUGCCUUUUCCCCUGACUGGGGCCCCUGCCGCCGCCGCGGCUUCCGCCUCCCCCACUUCCCGAGCAACAACCGCUUUUAUGAUGGUGAUAAGGAAUCCACUUGUGCUGAAAGCCACCUUUUAGUCUCAAGCCUUGACCCUGAAGGCCCAACCGUAUGGCGCUUUGAACUCGGCAACCACUGGUUUCAGGGGCCCAAAAUGCUCUCAAAACGCAGUCUCUUCGCCUCGGCCAACUCGGGUUCAUGUGCCUUUGUGGCCGGUGGGUGCGCUUAUGUCACCAGCUCUUUGACUGCCCGUGUGCCAAUGAACUCAGCUGAGCAAUACGACCCUGAGACACGCACAUGGAGACCGCUCCCACCUAUGCACAUAAAACGUACACAUUGCUUAGGGUUCUUCAUGAACUCGAAAUUUUACGUCGUCAGAGGAGAGGGAGUGAACAGAGAUGACUUAAAAUGUGGUGAAUUCUACGACCCUGAGAUGAACGAGUGGGUACUCGUGGAGGGUAUGCUCGGCGACAGGCCAAUCCCAACAGGGUCUGAUGGACGACCAUUGCCGAGGUCACAGCCGCUGGUGGUAGUAGUUAACAGGUGCGAACUUUAUGAGUUGGAGCCGUGCAUGAAUGCACUCAAGGUUUAUGAGGAGGAAGAGAAAAGGUGGAGGGCAGUCGGGUUCGUGCCGGUGAGGGCAGACCAAAAUGGGGGCUGGGGGGUGGCCUUUAAGUCAUUGGGGGACAGGCUCUCGGUAUUAUUAUGA